GUCCCUUGCUCCUCAGGUCACCUGGGAGAUCCUAGACCCCGUGGGUGUCCCAGGCCGUGUUCUGUCCAAGGCACCAUCUCUUUGAUUAGGGAAGAUGGGGACACCAGAUCUGCAGGGCCUCCUCCUCCUCUUCCCGUUGCUGCUGCCGCUGCACGGGGCCUCAGCAGGGAGCCUGCACAGUCCAGGCCUGUCCGAAUGCUUCCAGGUGAACGGCGCUGACUACCGCGGCCACCAGAACUUCACCGGCCCACGCGGAGCUGGACGCCCUUGUCUUUUCUGGGACCAGACGCAGCAGCACAGCUACAGCAGCGCCAGCGAUCCCCAGGGCCGCUGGGGGUUGGGUGCACACAACUUCUGUAGGAACCCAGACGGUGAUGUGCAGCCCUGGUGCUAUGUGGCAGAGACAGAAGAGGGCAUUUACUGGCGCUAUUGUGAUAUCCCAACAUGUCACAUGCCUGGGUACUUGGGCUGCUUCAUGGACUCUGGGGCACCCCCUGCUCUCAGCGGUCCCAGCGGCACUUCCACAAAGCUCACUGUCCAGGUGUGCCUUCGAUUCUGCCGCAUGAAGGGCUACCAGCUGGCUGGCGUGGAGGCUGGUUAUGCCUGCUUCUGUGGCUCUGAAAGUGACCUGGCCCGGGGACACCCAGCCCCUGCCACCGACUGUGAUCAGAUCUGUUUUGGCCACCCAGGCCAGCUCUGUGGAGGCGAUGGACGCCUGGGCAUCUAUGAAGUGUCUGUGGGCUCCUGCCAGGGAAACUGGUCGGCUCCUCAAGGCGUCAUCUACUCCCCGGAUUUUCCGGAUGAGUAUGGCCCAGACCGGAACUGCAGCUGGGUACUGGGCCAACUGGGCGCUGUGAUAGAGCUCACCUUCCGCCUCUUCGAGUUGGCUGAUUCUCGAGACCGGCUGGAGUUACGCGACGCCUCGUCCGGCAACCUGCUCCGUGCCUUCGACGGCGCCCAUCCGCCACCGCCGGGGCCGCUGCGCCUGCGCACUGCUGCACUGCUGCUCACCUUCCGCAGCGACGCAAGAGGCCAUGCUCAAGGCUUCGCGCUCACCUACCGCGGGCUGCAGGAUACAGUGGAGGGCAAAGCAUCUCCAGAGGAUUCAGCUGAGAGUCUCGCAGGGGACCCCGAUGGGGCUAACGUGAGCUGCAGCCCCAAGCCCGGAGCUGCACAGGCUUCGAUAGGUGCCCGAGUCUUCUCCACCGUGACGGCCAUCUCUGUGCUGCUGCUGUUGCUCCUGUCCCUACUGCGUUUGCUGCGUCGACGGAGCUGUCUGCUGGCUCCAGGAAAAGGGUCUCUGGCCAUGGGACCUUCCCGGGGCCCCGGGAGAAGCUGGGCUGUGUGGUACCGCCGGCCCCGAGGGGUGGCCCUGCCCUGUCCCCCAGGGGACUCUCAGGUUGAGGGUCCUGCUGCGGGCUACCGUCCCCUGAGUGCCUCCAGCCAGAGCUCCUUGCGCUCGCUCGUCUCUGCUCUCUGACCCCAGACGUACAUGAGUCCAUCACCACUUCUGCCAGCGAGAUGGACACCCGAGAUAUUAUGCAGCACCCUACCUCGACCUUGUGCCCCUUUAAAAGCAGCUCGGUCUCUGAUCGUCCGGGGAAGACCAGAAAA